UAUUAACUAAAAUCUCAGAAGAAGCUACGAGGCAGCCAUGGCUUCCAUUUCAUCAUGCACAGCUCCUUGUGCGAGCUUAUUCUCCUCUACCACCAAACCUAUCAACAGUUCUUCUUCUUCUUCUUCCUCCUCAGUAAGGCUCUCCUCUCGGUUUCUUGGAACUCGGGUUGUGAAGCUCAGUAUCCGACUCGGACCCUCCAAUGGGUCUAGAGCCACUUGCUGGUUCAAGUUCGGAAAGAACGGCGUCGAUGCUGAGAAUGCUGGAAUCUAUGGCAGCCAAUCACGUGAUGAUUUCGAUAGAGACGAUGUCGAACAGUAUUUCAACUACAUGGGGAUGCUUGCGGUUGAAGGUACCUAUGAUAAGAUGGAGGCUCUUCUAAACCAAAACAUUCAUCCUGUAGAUAUUCUUCUGAUGUUAGCAGCCUCAGAAGGAGACAAGCCUAAGAUAGAGGAGCUCCUCAGAGCCGGCGCUGACUACACUGUUAAGGACGCUGAUGGAAGAACCGCUCUUGACAGAGCCAGCAGUGAGGAGAUCCGUGAUUUGAUCCUUGGAUCUCUCACUCAAAAGGCUUGACAAGAUCUCCUCUAGCUUCUUCUUACAGAGAAGGUGAUGUCUGUUUUUUGGUACCUUGGAAUCUUAGUCGUUUCAAUGUUCUCUUACUUUUACGUAAUUGGUCCGAACCCUAAGUGUGCUUCAACUUUAAAGUAAAGAUUGAAUCUAUUACCAGAA